AUGGCUCAGCAGGUCACGUCUCACAAGAGUUAUGCCUUUGAUCAGAUUAAGCAUGCUGAAUAUACCAUUCCCAGAACAGUUUCUCAACAAGAAAAAAUUGGCAGUUUCUUAACACAGUUCCUGCUACGGAAUCCUUCCUUGAGUGAAAUUUUAGACCUGAGUCCUUGUUGCUGUGCUAAGAAAACUUGUUUCUUAUUGACAUCCUUGGAUUUUCCAGAGUUUUCUGGACAUUGGUUUGGGAAUUUCCUGCUGACGCAAUUUCAGAUAGUACCUUUAUUUAAUACAAGACCUGGUCAGCUGAGCUGCAGAGCAAGAGUUAGCUCAGGAUUCAGAGAAGAAAGUAUCUGCUCCUUCAAUUUAGAGCAAAAAAAGGUCCGGCACGUGGAAAGAUUCUCUCCAAUGGCAUCCAAACUCCAGAGAUCCUCAGGCAGACAACUUACAAGUUAUUCUGAAGAUGAAGUCUGCAAACAAGAUUACUUCAUUAAAUCACCACCUCCUCAGCUUUUCUCCUCGCAGGGCUCCUGGAAAAGGCGAUAUUUUAUCCUGUCGAAAAAUGGGGGAAAUUGCUACAGCCUUCUGUACUUUAAAGACCAUCACUUUAGGGGUUCCAUUGAAAUUGAUCAAAUUUCCAGAAUCGAAGUUGGCAUAAGCAACUUUGAGAAAAUGGUCUCUGUCCAGAGGAUGUUUAAAUGCCAGCCUGAUGAAGUGAUGUCCAUCAAAACCUUGAACAGAGAUUACUUUCUUGUUGGAAACAACAGGGAGAAGAUUGAAGAGUGGGUUUCCUUCAUAUCAGCCUGCCUGAAGCAAGAGGCUGCACAUCAGAAUGAACAAAGUCAUAGUCUGAAGAGGGAAGAACAAAGAAAAUGGACCAACUUUUCACUGUCUCUAGAACCCAGAGGAAAUGUGAACAUCUACCAAAGCCUAGAAGAUGUCCAAGAUGUACAGGAGAAACAUACUUCAGGAGACCAAAGACCAACUUCAGACCCAGGUCCUUCUAAUACUUUAGACUCUAAGGUUCACUCCAACCCACCAAGAUGGAGUCUCCCUGAUAUGGAAUUAAAAGACAAGCAUCCUCAUGACCCCAGGCAGUGUCAACUUCUAUCUGAUUUGGCUGCUGAGUGUAACCAAGACAAGGAAGAAGAGAAUGUCUAUCUUUGUCCACGAAGUAUUCUUGCUCAGCUGGAGAAUGACACUGUGGCUUCCGAUGAUUCUUUUAAGCCUAUUGAAUCCAGUGGCCUAGACCAGGCUACCCAGACAAGUUAUGAUCUUUAUGAGCCAAUGAAAUCUUGUUCAGGUGAAGAGAAACACCACCAGCCCUCAGGCAAUAAAACUGAUUUCCCAACCCUUCCAGAGAAUGAGGACAAAAAGAAACCCCUGGAGAACCGGGAUCCAAGCAGUGACACACACAUUUCACAAAGCACCAAGGAACUGAAGACCAGGAACAAAAGAAAGGACUCAGGAUCAUUAUCUGCUGUACAAUUGUCUAUAAUAAUCAACAAUAUCAUUGAUGAAAGUCAACUAGAAGAGGUGGACAUAUGCAUUCCUCAUGCAGAUAUCAGAAGUUACUUAACUUUUUCCGAAGCUGGAGGACGGUUAUGUGUGGCCAGGUGGGAAGGACCACAGCAUUUGGGAUGCAUAUUUCACCACGGGGAUCAUGUAUCAGCUGUGAAUGACCUAAAGCCCCAGACCAUUGAGGAGAUUUCCUUAUUUCUCAGUCGCUCCAUAAGAAAGGAGGUGAAAUUGUCUAUCCAUCGGAUCCCAAAUUCAGAUAAAUUCCAUAUUAAAGCCUGCACCUGUUCAUGAAAUGCACUACUUUUGGUGCCUGAUGAGGAAACAGAAGAAACAUUGUGUGCUGAAUAAGAGUCGUGAGCACUGGGAAUAAAAUGGAUAAAGCAGUAUCAAUUUCCCAGCAAGGAAGGGUUUUUCCUACCGUUCCUGGUAGCCCUGACUUAAUCUCUGUGCACUUUAUCUUCUCUGAGAUCUUUACUACUAAGAUAAGACUUUCCUAGGACCAAGAGUGUAUGUCACAUUCAGGACAGGCCUGAUAUCCAAACGAACAUGUGGCCGAUAAAUUUUACUGGCCAGAAGACAAAGAAAAAAAAUAAACCUAAAGGUUAUUAGCCAAAUUUCAUUCCAAAUAUCUGGAAAGGGGACCAGAGAGUUGACGUUAAGAUUGCUGCAGCUGUCAGAAAAGGCUUUGUCCCCAUUAGAGUUAAUGCAUCGAAGUGUUGCUGGCUUAAGUCAAAAUUCUUAUUGCGGGGCAGAAAGCUCUCAUUUUGCUCUGAUCCUGGGCUUCCCUGUGAAGAGAAGUAUAUCAAUCGUAGUUAUUGAACACUAAUUGUGUGCAGAGAGCACUGUCCUAAGCAUUUGGGAGCGUACAAUAUAACAGAGCUGGUAGAUGCAUUCCCUGCCCACAACCAGCUCAUCACCACAGGCUUCAGUAGUAUGUAGGGGAAAAUGCUCAAUUCCAUAUAAUUCUAUUGUAAUUUAGACUGAUGCCACAAGGAGUAGAUUCCAGGAUUUGUAUUCUAUGGUAUGGAAAUAUAGAGUGAGCCAAUAUCCAUAAACAAAAUCAGAAUAUAAGAAUGUUUUUUAAAGUGCAAAAUUCCCCACAGAAUUAAUUAUGAUGAUGAUGACUCAUUUGAGCAUACCUGUUGGACUGUGUGCUUUCUCUCAUUCCUCUAAUGUUUGCUCUGUGGCUUUAGUUCCCUUUCUGGUUUUUAAAUGAGUUCUGUACAGCAACAUGGUUCAAGAAGCAGCCUGGCCUAGUGGAAAGAGGAUGGGCCUGGGAGUCAGAGGUUACCUGGGUUCUAAUCCCGGCUC